ACUACUUCUUAUUGUUACUCCCAUAUUCAUAGUUAUGCACAACUAAUUAAUGAUAAUGCUAGUGGGUUUUGGCUUUUUACUUUGCUGUUUGAUCUUUUAAUUAAUAAGUAAUUGUGCGCUAUUUUCAUGAACCUCAGAAACAGAAGUGACUAAAAUUUGAUAGUAAUAACAACAUCAAUUUGGAUCAUGAAUAACAAAAACUGAAAAGUUGAAAAACGGCAGUGGUGGUCCAGUCUUUGGGAAGUGUAAUGGACAUUUAUGAAGUUUCACGAAGAGCGAGCUGCACUACAGUAUAACCUUUAAAGCACCGUUAUUCUUAUGUUGGGAUUUUAUACUAUAAAUAUCAUGAUAUCAAGCUUUCAUAGUAAAAAGUUUCUUUCUAGAGUGGCACGCCUUUUGUUUUUUUUUACUGUCAUCAUUGUCUUAAUCAUGUUUCUAUAUAAAAACUUAAAAAAUGGAAAUCCUGUGAUAGAGAAUAAUUUAAGUCAGCGGGGAAAACUGUAUCAGCAAAGCGAAGGUAAAACAUAUAAAUUAUUUCCGACUACUGGAGAGAAAGAAAGUACUAAAUAUGUUUCAGAAAAGGUUAGAAGAAAUUAUGCUGAUACCAAGAGCUCGAAGUUAAUCGUGAAACCUUCAGUGAGGUUUGGUAGUUAUAAUGUUGGGAAGAUGACUGUUUCUGUUGUACUGUGUGGAGACAGACUUAAUCAAACCAUUACGACUUUAAAAUCUGCAGUAGCAUUGAACAAGGGCUAUCUCCAUUUUGUUUUAACUGCAGACCAACCGAAUAUCAAGCUUCUUGAGGAAAAGAUCCUUGACUGGCCCCACAAAGUUCUACAGAAGUUGUCGUUUGAGAUAUAUCCAGUCACCUUUCCUACAGGUGGUGCUGAAGUAGAGUGGAGAAAACUCUUUAAACUGUGUGCAGCUCAAAGGCUGUUUCUUCCAGAGAUCUUACAACAUGUUGACUCUCUGCUGUACGUUGACAACGAUGUGUUGUUUUUACGACCAGUAGCUGAUAUAUGGAGAUAUUUCUCUCAAAUGAAUACUAGUCAGAUGGUAGGAAUGACUCCCGAAAGUGAAGAUUCGGCCACAGGCUGGUAUAACCGGUUUGCCCGUCACCCAUUCUUUGAGCCACUAGGUCUCAAUUCUGGAGUGAUGUUGAUGAAUUUAACAAGGAUGAGAAAGUUCCAAUGGCAUGCUUAUCUAGAUCCAAUUUUUAAAGAGUACAAACUGAAGCUAGUGUGGGGAGAUCAGGAUAUCAUUAAUAUCAUAUUCCAUCAUCAUCCAGAUAAAGUUCUUGUGUUUGGCUGCGAGUGGAACUACAGACCAGAUCAUUGCAUGUAUACCAGUGUGUGUAAGAGUGCAGAAAGAACAGGUGUUGCUGCCAUCCAUGGGAGCCGGGGGGCAUUUUUCGAGACGAAACAACCAACUUUCAAAGCAGUGUUUGAUAUUAUGUCUUCGGUAAGGGUUUGUUCUCUUCAAUUAUAAUAAUACUCAAUUUUU